UUUUUUAUAAAUUACUAACACAAACGAUUAUAACCUUUUAAAUUAAUGUAUAUUUCAGUGUAAGAAAAUAAUUUUAUAGAAAGCAUAAGAGUAGCACAGGAACCUCUUAUGCAAAAAUGACUUAAAAUUUAAAAAUUCUGUAGAAAAUAGGAAAAACAUAUAACUUCAACUAUGAUCAAGCGAGGAAGAAAUAUUUAGCUGUAAAGUCUAAAUUUAAUAUUUUAUUCUCUCAUCCAACAAAAAUAUGAAUUAGAUGAAAACCCGGUGAAUUCCAACAAAAGAUACUGCUUGCUAAGAGAUAAAUAUAUUGAAAUGUUUGGAUUAUUAAUGGAACUUCAAUCUGAAAAAUUAAUCGAAUUAGCGUUACAAGGGUUUCAAAAAAUAAUAGCGGAAGGCGAAACAGAAUUUGAGACUAGAUAUGAAAGUAAAUUUCCGAUGGCUAUUUUAGCUAUCAUAUCGCAAAAUUUAUACGAUAAAACUAAAACGAAUCAAAUAUUGAUCAUCCAAAUCAUUAGUGACAUGAUAAAAUUAUAUCCACACCAUUUUGAACCUGGGAAAAUUAUACAAACUUUUCGGUUGUUGACACAAACGUAUGAAAUAGUCGGCGAUCUUAAAAUUAGAAAAGUUAUAAGGAUCAAUAUUCAAUACAUGUUUGUCAAUUACACAAAUUACACUUUGAAUCACAGUGAAAAAAUGAUAGGCUUUGAUAAAAGAAUCGAUAUGUUGAUGCUGUACUUAGCCGAAGAUUGCAACUAUUAUACAAUUAAAUCGUCAAAUUCACCUCUACCUUGUGUAUUUGAAGCGUUCACGGGUCUUUUAAAAGUUUUGCCAAGCCAUAUACAUUUAUCAUCGUCCUUUAUCGACACAUUAUGGAAGGACAUAUGCCCAUCUAUUACCAACAUCUUUGCCACUUACCGUUCAAUUUCAUUUCCAUCCUUAGUGCCUUCCUCCAACUCAGUGUCCGUUAAAUAUACCACGAAUGUAAAUAAAAAGGAUCAUCAUGACCCCAUCGAUUCAAUCGAUUUUAACACUUCCUAUCAAUCUGCCUGUCCACCUUUCUCAAAGCCCGAAUAUUAUCAUUGCCUCUACGAUUUGGUGUUUGAAAUAAUCAGGUUAGGCGUUGAUUUUAACUCUCUAAAGCUCAUGAUCCGUUCCAUGUUUCACGAAAUGCUAUCCAGCUCCUUAGCAUUCUACUCGCAUUCUUCACCCAACCUUUCUUCCCCAACUACCUAUAAAAAUUCCUCUAAGAAUAUUCGGGAUAUAAAAAAAAAUCGUAAUCGAAAUGGCUUUAAAUGCCUAUUGCGUUUGUUCGACAGAACUUUGUUUAAUAUAGUCGAGUCGCCUGGCAUACUUAUCAAAAUUUCAACUUACGAUUGGGAUAAGGGGACAUGUGAUAUAUCCUAUCAGGGAACAUUCAAUUUCGAUAUGAGCUUGGUAGAAAUGAUUAUAUGCUUUGCUAGUUCUUGCGUUACAGUGUCUACGAAUAAAUCAAGAAUCAAGGAUUUAACGUUUGAAUUAUGUUCAAAACUAGUCAACACUUUAGCCAUAUUAAGACACAAAAAUUUAUCCGAAUAUUUUGACCAAUCUGAGCUGACUUUUCACGAUUUAGAAUCAAAGGAUCCAGCCAAAUCGCAAUCUGAAUCGAUUCACUCAAUCAAAAGCGAUUCCAGCAAUUCUUAUCACACCCUCUCUGACAGCGACUUAGAAAACAGUAAUAGACAUAAAGAUUGUCCUGACAUGUCUUCAUCUCAAAAUUUAAUCGAUGAUUCAUAUUACCAUAGCGAUUCCGACAACGAUUUGGAGAUCAGAGAUAUAUUUGAUUUCGAAAUAAUUAACAGUGCCGAAAAGUGCGAUAUUAAAAAACAAAAAUUGGAUGCAAUUGCGUUUAAUUCUAAAAAAGAGGAACUAAUUAACGAAGCAAAUUGUUCGAAUCACGAAUCAGAUGCUAUGUUUUUGGGCAAAAAUAAUGGGGAGAAUAGCGAUUCGAGAAGGGAUAUUAUUAAAGUUCAAGAUGUACUUGUUAAAAUUUUGGAAGAAGUGAAAGAUAAAUGUCUAAAUGAGUGGACUCAUGGUCUGAGGAAUUCUAUUGAAAUCGAUAUUUCUAUAAUUAACUAUUGCUCACUUACCUACAGAGAAUUCUAUUUUUUAUAUAAUAUUAUAGCAUUUACCGAGUUUACUUAUACGCCUGAUAUUUUGGAAAGAAGGUAUGCCAAUCGAAAACCACUCUUCAAUUCAGAUUUUCUAUAUUUCGCAAUAUACCGAAUUCUGAUUCUUAAUUUAAACUUGAAGCGGGCCAAAUUUUACCAAGAUAAUGAUAUUGACCACAAGUCCAUCAUCCCUACUUUAGAUGAAUUUAUUGGUUAUUUUGAGCGCUACAUCACUGUUAUGGUUUAUCCACGAGACUGGCUUGCCAAAUUAUACAAUUUUACCUUGCAACAUGAUCUGUUAAUCAAUAACGAUAGUAAUUCAGCUUUAGUCAAUGUUAUAAUGGACAUGAACGACUUCCAGAAUCAAGAUUUACAUAACCAUACUCAGACAUUAAGUGAGUAUCGUAACCUGCAGCCUUAUAAUCAUAAAUCGGAUUACGCUAAUCGUUUUCAAUUUGAAGGUCAAACUUUUGUUAAACAUUUACUGAAAACCAAAUGUCAAAAUAUAUUAUCGUUCGAUAUCCAAAACGAAUCUCUUAAAGUUCUAUGGCCACCCGACUCAUCCGAAUCACAUACGUUAUUAAACCUCAUAAUGGGAAUUUUAGAUAUUAAACCAUUGUUUACAUGCUUAGUGGCCCGUAAUCCCUUCAAAAAUGGUUACGUAUGCGUUAAUAUACCAUUUGUCAUUCGAAUCGUGGAGACUUUGCAAAUUUUAUCCGAAAUUUCAUUAGAAAUCGAUAAUUAUGAAUGUAGCCUUAAGAUAACGAUUAUGUUAGCUGAAUACAUGCAACCCUUUCCCGAUUACUUAUUGUCUUUGGGUUUACCCCAUUCUAACGAGGGUAUUUCUGAUUCUUUUAACCUAUCAAAUGUUCCCUUAUAUCUUUACAUCCUAUAUAUUAUCACAAACGGUUAUUACAUCGAAAGAGCCACCCGAUUUCCCUCGUUAUGGAUACCAAUUUUGAAAUGUUGUGGAAUAAUUGUCAAACUUCACGCUUUCUUCACAUUGCCUAACAAUUGUUUACCGCCAUUUUUGAGAGACAUUCGUAACACAUUGCUCACUUCUAGAAGUUUUCAUCGCAAUGAUAUAUCAGGCAUUACUACAGAAUCAACAAGUUUAACUGUUUUCGAUCAUCUUCCUAUCAAUGACUCACUACGCUAUUCAAGCUUUUUAAACAGAGCCCAGCUUAUACAAAUGGAACAUGAAAACUACGAUAAUGACGCGAAAGUUAAUGCGGAUCUUCAUGAAAUAAUUGGAUUUGAUCUCGCUGCAACAUCCUUAGUAAUCAAUGACUUAAAGGACAAAUGUGAUAAAUUGUUUACCCAAUGUUACAGAUGCUUAAAUCUAGUUUCCUUAUGCCACUUUACUCGUUCCUUGACCACUAAUAGUUUGAAUACACUAAAGAUGAUCACGCUUGAAGAUAGCAAAAACAGUAUUGUGAAAUCUUUGACUCCCUCCAAAACCAAUAAGCAAUUUUCCAGCAUUAAACGCCAAAUCGGAUUAAACGAAUUAAAAUUUACUGUUGACCAAAUCAAAGUAUGUCUUUACAUUUGCAUCAACUCCGGACGACCGUUAUAUCACGUUUUAGAUGUUUGGAUGGGGAUAAUCUUUCCUUAUUACAGACAGUGUAUCAAAAUAGGUUGGCAAAUCGGCUGGGAGUUUAUCAAAACAAUAUUCGAGCACAACCAUUUUCUUGUGCAAUCUUUCUUAUCUAACCACGCGGAAAAUAUUGGAUUUCAUAUUAAUCAGCUGAUAUUUGAUUUUUAUCGUCAAUUUUUAAUUCUAAACUUAGAAGAACCUGCUGGACAAUCCGCCUUAUCUAAGUGGCUUAUGCGUUCGGACGAUCUUAAUUUACAGCUUUUUGAGCAAUUGGACGCUAUGAUAACUUGUGACAACAAUGACCAUAUAAAUAUUGAUGAUAUAGGAUCUGGCUGGAAAUCUAUUUUCACCAUGAUAAGGCUCAUUAAUCCUUUAAACUUUGAUUUCACUUUUCUUUUUAACGAUACGGCUAAUAAAAUUAAUUUCGUUGACCCUACGCCUUCUUCCAUUAAACAAUCAGUUCGAAAAAUUUGUUACUUAAUAAUUAACAUAAUUCAUUCCUUCUACAGUUAUUGUCUAGAAGAAAGAUUAAAUAAUGUAUCCAAACUUGCGAAAUCAUCUAACAUAUUUCUUAAUCAUUAUUUGGACGUUUUUGGGUAUUUGAAUAAAUUGUUGGGAUACUGCUUUAAUCGUCUUGGGUCUCUCAUUGAUGGUAGCGACAAUCAAAACAUUUUCGAUCUGCUAAGACAUUGGACACAUCUAUUGAAAUUGUACACUAAUCGAUAUUUGGAUUACACUAUAAACAACGCAGAAUUUGUCGAGACUUGUUUUAAUCGCAAUAGGCGUUUGAGUUUUUUGGAUACAAAAACAAACUUUUAUGAACCCUCCUUAAAUUUUGAACAUAUUCUUAAUGUUAUUAAUACAAUCGAUGUUUCGCCAAACAAAUUAAUGACUGAAGAUUAUGAUGACGUUUUUAUAUACAAAAUGAAUUUCAUUGACCACAAUCCUUUUUCAACUUACCUUCCUCACAAAAAUACCAACAAUGCCUAUAAAAGUGUUUCUUCUCAUUCCUAUAAUUACCUUCCUUCUUAUUUGUCGGAUUGGUUAGCCGAAAUAAUCCACGUUUAUGAUUCCCUUUUACUUUUAGGCAUUUCUCAGCCGCUCUAUUUAGAAAACCAUGACAUUUAUCACUCAAGAAAUCCGCAUAUUACUUAUAAUUAUUCGAAUGGACCCCAUUGUUCAAAAGAUGAAAAAGAAAUUUCUAGUUGCACUCGUAUAAUCAGUUAUUUUGAACGCAAAAUCAUGUCUAAAAUCACGGGUAGUAGUAACUGCAUUUUAAAAAAAUGGACCAUCGAAUAUUUAUACUACGGAUUAUUUCCUACCUUAGGAUACUAUAUUAUACAAAAUCAUUGUGUCACAGCAAAUUUAAAGUUGCUAAAAAACUCGAUUUUGAACGACGGACGAAGAAAAAAUUACAAACUCCUUUUAUCUAUUUUAACUAAUCUCGUAUCGGAUAUACUUUUAGAUCCUAAUUUUAUCGAUUUUACAAUGAAACAAGGAAUUUUUGAGUCAAUGUUGGUCAUUUAUUUGGAUAUAUUACUCCUAAUGGAUUAUUAUUUAUCAACCAUAAGUAUAUCCCUACUAAGGCAUUUCAUAUUCAGUCUCUUGAACGGCUCAUCUACUUUGAAAAAAAUACUUACGUCCGAUAAUUAUGAUGCGUUGUUAAAACAAAUAAUGGACGUUUUAAGAUUGUCCCUCUAUUUAAUUGCCCAUAAAUUGAGCGCAUUUAUAGGGAUAUUUAAGCCUCACAGUUGGAAUAUGAAAGGCAACGAGUCAUUUUUUCAUGUAACCUUAGGUGUUAAAACAAAGUCAUCAACAGAAAGUGCAAAUAGUUAUUUAGAUAAUAAUUUGACAAGCGUUCAAAUGGGUUUGAUUAAAGAGCUCCUCUAUAAUGAAGAUUUUGAUAAUGAUGUCAUUGAAUUCGAUUUAAAAGUACCAACCAAAAGUUUGAACGUUGAUCGUAUUAUAUAUUUGCACAUUGACGGGAAAGAGUCGAAUAUAAAGUUUGAUAUGUACGUUGAAGAGUUUUCUAAUUCCAUAUUAUCGCUCUUCCUUAUUACGCAAUUGAUCGGGGAUAUUGGUUUAGACAUUUUAGAUUGCCCUUAUAUAUUAGUACCAUCUUUUCAAAGCGAUUCAAUAUUCACCAGAAGGGUUGAAAAAAACGAAAAUAAAGAUUUUCAAAAUUAUCAAUACAUUCCUGAAUUGAUAAGCCUGUUAGCGGAUAUAUAUCAUAUGUCCAGCGCCUUCGAUAGAAGGCCUGGAAUGAAAUUACUGCUAAAACGAUGCUUGCAAUACGAUUUCCCCACGAAUUCUAUGCCAAAUCUCUACAAAAUUAAUUCGUUGGUCUUAGCGUAUUAUGGACUGCUGACACUAUAUUCUGCUUUACAUUACGAGAACUUAAAGACUGAGAAUUUUUUCAAUUCUAAAACUCACGCUAUGAAAAAUAUGGGUCAAAUGUUGGCAAAAUUUUUGGAUUCCUUAUAUUCGUUUUCUUGUUUACUAAAUAAAGAAUUCAUGAACUCUUCGACACUUUUUAAAGAAGAUACAAGUUCAACAACGAAAGAGAUUAUCAGAAAGCAUGAAUCCGUUACUUUUGCCACUAUAUUUUCUGACCUCAAACUCGAAACUAAUAAUAUCAUGCCUAUUCCUUCCACUAAACCCAUAAAAUCCUCUCGGUCCACGCCUAACAUUAGUAAAAAUUCAUAUGGAAAAUCAUUUCAUGCUUCAAUCGAUGACCAAAAUACAUCAAAAACUAACUUCAACAAGUUUUGUCAAAUGAAUGAACCUUCAGCAUCUAUCCAUGACGAUGAUGAUUCUAUCACUUCUUUAUCGCGUGAAAAAUUUAAUAAUCCAAAAAAUUGCCUGGAAAAUUUAGGAGAUCAACCCAAAUUUUCUUCCAAGAAUUACCAAUUAAUUCAUUCUUAUCUCGUCACUCUCUUAAAGGAUACCCAAAUUCAUAAGAAAAUAUGGAAUCUUGCUAUGAUCCAAUUUUUGACACUGUUUGCACGUGAUUUUGGAUACCAAAAUCUAAUGAAAAUAAAACCAUUUAUUAUGCCCGUUGUGCAAAUGUAUUACAAUAGUUUUCAGCAAACAGCCGACGUUGAUGGGAUUAAGAUUAAAGAGUAUACGUGCCGGUUGUAUCAAAUGCUGACUGAAGAUUGAAAUGAAAAUUAAAAUCUUAGUGGAGAUCAAUUAUUUAUUUUAAUAAAUUUAUAAUGUUUUUUAACAAUAUAUUUAAACCUAACCUUGAUUGAUUAUACCUCAUGUUGUCAAUAUGAUAAUAAAUUUGA